UUGGGACACAAUACCAGGGAGAAGGGGAAAGACAGCAAUUCAUCCUUAAGAUGGAUGUGAGAAUAUCAGCCAUUCUGCUGGCCUGCAUCAUACAAUGUGCUGUGAGCUCACCUAUACAGGUUUUCUACUCAGAGGAUGAAAGACUUGCUGAAAACAAUGCAGUGGCCAAUAAGGACACUCUCAAAGCACAAGGCAAAGAGGAUACAGGGACUGCGAAGACACAGGACUCCAUGGACAUACACAGUAUGAUACUAGCAGCAAACAAAGACAUUAGGCUGCCUACUAGAGAAGGAGACAUUAUUCAAAAUCCAGGCCGUAACGCCAUAAACUGCACAAGCUGCCUUUGGCCUAAGUCUGCUGAUGGGACUGUCCCUGUGCCUUACAACUUCUCCUACAGCUACAAUGCGGAUCAGUUAGCUCUCUUUAAGACUGCUAUGCAGGAGUUUGAAACCUUAACCUGUGUGAGAUUUCGACCUUGGACAACAGAAUCUGAUUUUCUCAACAUCGUGUCUAAUGGCGGUUGCGCUUCUUCGAUUGGGAAAAGUGGGGGAGCGCAGAGAGUGGCAUUGGAUGCAAAUGGCUGCAUGUCCAUGGGGAUCAUUGAGCAUGAACUGAACCAUGCCCUGGGCUUCUACCAUGAGCAGAACAGAAGUGACCGGGAUGACUAUGUCAUUAUACAUCCUGAGAAUAUCCUACCAGACUCUCUCAAUAACUUCAAUAAAUAUGAUACUAAUAACCUUGGGACUGAAUAUGACUACAAUUCAGUGAUGCAUUACGCACGUGAUGCAUUUAGUAAAAACGGAAAAGCCACCAUUGAGCCCAAACCUAACCCAAAUGUUCCCAUUGGACAAAGGAAUGGACUUAGUGUUUUGGACAUUUCUAAGAUUAACAAACUAUAUGGAUGCAAUGUGUGCAGUAAUUUGCUUUCUAACCCGAAUGGGACAAUGAUCUCUGCCAAUUACCCCUCUGCAUAUCCUAAUAAUGCCAACUGUGUUUGGUUGAUUAGAACUCCAUCUGGGCAGGCUACCCUUCAAUUCCAAGCCUUUGAUAUCCAGUCAUCCCCAGGCUGUGUCUCUGACUACAUUAAGAUCUAUGAUGGUCCCAGUAAGACGUCCCCUGUGUUAGUGGACAGGGCAUGUGGUACAGGACUGAUCCCUAUACAGAUUGCCUCCACUAACCAGAUGCUGGUUGAGUUUGUCAGUGAUGGGGCAGUUACUGGCACCGGCUUCAAAGCAACAUACGGCUCAGUUCAGUGUGGUGGAGCUUUCUAUGCACCAACCAAGACUUUUACAUCUCCUGGUUACCCUGGAAACUAUUCCGCUAACUUGGACUGUGCCUGGACAAUCACCGCUCCCACUGGAUACAGGGUAUCACUGCGCAUAAAUUACUUUCAACUUGAGACUGGACCUUCCUGUACAUAUGACUCUCUCAACAUUUACAAUUCAACCCUUAGUGCUGUCAUGGGCCCAUACUGUGGCCUCAUAAGUUUUCCAUUUCCCCUUGUUUCCAAAUCAAAUUCCAUGAUGGUCACAAUGCACAGCGACGACUCAAAUCAGUAUAAAGGCUUUAGUGCUACGUAUACUUUUGUGAGGUAAAGAGAAUGGAAACUAAGGAAUUUAUUGUUACCGAACAAAGAAGAGUGACAGGCGUCUGCAGUAUCUUAUUUACGUUAAAUAAAAUAAUUGGGAAGAUUCUACAAAAAACUAAACGUACUGGAAAAUAUAAUCAGCCAUGGGAAGGGUUAUUACUGUGCAAUGAUAGAAUUAUGUUUAAAAAUGUAUAUAAUGUUUACUGAGAAAAAUAAAACUUGAUUAUUGUAGAUA